AUGCGUCAAACGAAAAGAAUGAGAAUUACUUCCCAAGCGCCUGUUCUCUCUCAACCUCCAUUGGUUGAUGCGUCUCGAAGAGCUCUCAACACCAUUAAGGAUCGAUAUCAAUCCGGUCCUUCUCGCGAUCAACAAUCGUCCCUUCUUGAUGACGAGGUCAUCGAGCAAUAUAUCCACUUCGAAGGGGGUGCUGGACCAUCUGCCACUGGUGAGAACCCAUCUCCCGCCAAGUCCGUUGAAUCCGAACACGGCACCAUCGUUGAGAAUCAAAAUUCUCCUGGUAAUAAGUCCUGUGCCACUGUCACGGGCGUCGAACAACUAUCUUCUGGCAGACCGACGGUCGACGAACCUCGGCUAACUUGA